AUGACUACAAACAUAAGUUGUCUUAACUUCUACAAGGGAAAAUCCUUAUUAGUAUCUGGCUGCACAGGCUUUGUGGCCAAGGUCAUAUUGGAGAAGAUUUUAAGAGUUUUGGAAGUUAAGAGAGUUUACGUUUUAGUGAGGGCAAAGAAAGGGCAAUCAGUGACAGAGAGAUUCAAUAAGGAGAUUAUCAAUUCUCAAUGUUUUGACAGGAUUCGUAAACAAAAAGGAGCGGAUUUUCAGAAUUUUAUUGAGUAGGUCGUGAAACCAGUGGAUGGCGAUCUCAUCAAGCCUCAUUUGGGACUCAGUAAGGAAGUUACACAAGAGCUCAUAGAAAAUGUCAAUAUUAUCAUAAAUAGUGCUGCCAGUGUUGACUUCAACUCCCCAAUCAAGGUUGCCUUGGAAAUCAAUUAUUAUGGAGUUCAAAAGGUGUUGGAGUUAGCUAAGCAAUGUAAGCAUUUAGAGAAUUUCAUCCAUGUAUCGACUGCCUAUGUAAACAGUGAUAAAUUUGGAUUCAUUGAGGAAAAGAUCUAUCAUCCCCAAAAAGAUGUGGAGUCCUUUGUUUCGAUAUUAUAUAGAUCUUCUUAAAAUUUCGAUGAGAAACAAUAAAAAUUGGCAUUAGACAAAUUUCCAAAUACAUACACAUUCACAAAGAACUUGGCUGAAUAGAUGUUGGCUUAAUUGAGACCUCCCAACAUGCAAAUCACAAUAGUGAGACCAACAAUAGUAGGAUGUUCAUUCAGAGAUCCAAUCCCUGGUUGGAUUGAUAACUUGGUUGGAGGUGCAGCUGUGAUCUUUUUCGCAGGAAUCGGAUUAGUCAAAAUCUAUAAAGGAAAGGAGAAUUUGAUUACAGAUCAAGUCCCAGUUGAUUUUGUAUCUGAUAUGAUACUGGUUGCAGGAGCAUAUGAGGCAAAUAAGAAUAAUUUCUAAAUUUACCAUUGCGGUACUAGUGCUAGGAAUCCUGCUCCAUGGAAAGUGACCAAAGAUACUUGUUUUGAAUAUUGGAAUGCCAAUCCUCCUAGUGUCAAAGUCUCCCCAUGUACCAUUGAGAUCAAUAAUAAUCUGUGCUAUUACAGAUACAUGAAUUUCAAAAGGAAGAUGGGAGCUUUGGCAUUGAAGACUUUUGCUGACACGUUUGGAAAUCCAUCUUAGAAGAAGAAUGCUGGUCGUUAUCUCAAGGUUAUUGAUAAGGCUGACACUAUCAAUAAGACUUUCAAACAUUUCAAUAGGAAUGAGUGGGUGUUUUCUUAAGAGAAUGUCUUACAAUUAAUGAAUUGCUUGUCAAGGGAUGAGCAGGGGAUCUUCUUAUUGGAUGUGACUGAAAUGGAAUGGAGAUCUUAUAUGAUGACAUUCCAUUACGGACUGCAGAAAUUCAUCUUGAAAGAAAAUGUCUAACCACCUGUGGAUGAGGAGCCAACUGAUUUAUUGAGGUCUUGGAAGAGUGGAAAUUUCACUGAUUUAAAAUGGAUUGUAGAAAAGCAAAAACUUCCAGUAGAGAAUAAAAAUUAUACGAUGAAUGGGUUGUUUAAUAGACAGAGAGCUAAGUUGUGA